AUGGCGCAGCGGGUUGCGCCCGAUUGUGGGAGUGCUGCACCUCAGUACGAAAAAUUAGGAACACAUCAUUUUAUAAACCAUCAACCGUCAUCAAUUUCUACUGUCUAUGCUGACGCUAAUGGUGUAUUAUUUGGGGAUGAUGCUCAGCCGGGCUUGCAGUAUAAUGGAAUGGCAAAUCAUUCUGAUCCUUGGAAAAUUAUACAGAAAAUGAGUGAUGAUAAUAGAGUCCUUAUUGAACAAAUCACUCGGCUUACGACUCAAAUUACACAUUUACAAUCCAUAGUUUACUAA